AUGAAGAUUGAUGUACAAGAGUGGGUUAAAGGAUGUGAAACUUGUCAGAGGGCUAAACAUGAGAACCAUCCAUACCCAGGAUUGCUGCAAACACUGCCAGUGCUUGACCAAGCUUGGUCAUGUGUCUCCAUGGACUUCAUUAAGGACUACCGAACUCUGAGGAAAUCCAAGAAAUGGGCUCAUUGGCUCACUCUAGCUGAGCUUUGGUUCAACACCAACUACCACACUGGACUCAAAGCAACCCCCUUCCAGACCCUCUAUGGAUAUCCACCUCAACAGCUGCCUAUAGGGCCUUAUUUACAGAGCCAUCACACUGAUGUUGUUGAACUUGUGCAAGAGAGAACCAAGAGAAUGAAGCUAUAUGCAGAAAGAAAAAGAACAGAAAGGGAGUUUCAUGUGGGGGAUGAAGUGUUCCUUAAGCUCCAACUGUACAAACAAACCUCAGUGGCUUUAAGAAAACAAUUGAAGCUAUCAGCCAAGUAUUUUGGCCCCUACAAGGUGAUUGAGAGGAUUGGGCAUGUGGCUUAUAAGCUUGAGUUGCCAACAGGGUCCAAAAUCCACCCAGUUUUUCAUUUUCCGUUGUUGAAGAAAAAGAUCGGCUCCAAAUAUUUUCCUUCAGUUAACUUGUCAGAAUUAGAGGAUGAAGUGUUCAAAGUCUAUCCCAUUGAAAUUUUGGGUCGAAGAUUAGUACCUAGGAACAAUGUAGGUGUUCCUCAAGUCUUGAUUCAAUGGGCGCACUCCAAUCCCGAGCAGGCCACUUGGGAAGACUACUAUGUUGUUGCUGCAAAAUUCCCCCGUUUUGAUCCUUGGGGACAAGGAACUAAAAAAGGAGGAAGGGAUGUCGUGUUUCAAGGUGGAACACGCUUUUAA